CGGCGAGCGAGGCGGAGCGUUCUGCGUCGCCAUGGCGACGUGGAUUGUUUGCGGUCUCCGUCCGGAGGCUCUUUCCCGUUCGAAGUCCUCCAGUGGCAGGCCGGUUCCGCCGGCUCCUUCCGCCGCCGGCCCCGUCCCAGCCUUGGCCAGGACCCCGGGCCCUCAGUGCGAGCGGUCAGAGACUCCCCUUCCCCUUGCGGCGUGGGGUGUGGGGCUUGUGCAGGGGGAGAGUCCCAGGCGAGCAAGCCGACCUUUCCUUUUGGAAGCCCGAGUAUGAGGAAUACAAAUAAAGAGCCUCGUGGACCCUCGAACCGACACGCACCAUGUGAUUGGUACUAUCAUGUCCCUCUGAAGCGAUCAGAGGAGCCAGCUAACUCUGAAGUUCCACCACAGCCAACUUCCCAGAUCCCCGGGUUUGGAGAUUUUGGAGACCCUCACGGUGAAAUCACCUUUGGGGGACGGAGGAAGUGGAUCAAAGACACCGACUCAGAAUAUGUGAAGCUGGCAAAGCAAGGAGGCCGACCUGAUUUAUUGAGACAUUUCACCCCUACCCCACGAAAAGUAUCUCUGGGGUCCUACGCUGCGCCGGACUGGUACGCACAUCAUAGCAAACCACCAGCUGAUGAGUCUAAAUCACGGGUUUCAACAAUGCCGGACUAUAUGACCCAUGAGGAGUUUAAGAACGAUCAACCUGCCGGCUAUGAGCCCAAAAGGGGGCCUUUUGAUUUUGAUAUGAAAAGCGUUUGGCAAAGAGAUGCUGAAGACAAAGAGAACAAAGAGAAAAAAGAGGAAAACGGAGUACAAGUUGAGAGCUCUUCCAGCAACACCAAAGAAGAAAUAAAACUUCCUGCUAUAACACCAAGGUAUCCACACAGAACGCCACAACCUGCUACAGCUAAAGAAUUCCAUGGAGGAAACAGGCUUUACUUUCCCCCAAUGCCUGCUCACACAAAAAACCAACCUGUAAACUUCAGUAAACUGAUUAGCAGUGGUUACGGCGAUGAGUGGCUGCAGCAACGGGAUGAGUGGGAGAAAAAGAAUUCCCAGCCCAAUGAUCCUGUUCUUCCAAAUUCAGAGACACCCCAGCCAGAAUCAACACCAACAGACAAUGAGUAAAUGCUGCUGCCUCCGUAGAAUUACUAAAAAAAAAAUAUUGCAAUUUCAAAACAUCAUCAAAUGCAUCAAAGUUUAGGAAGCAGAUGUCUAUAUUUAUAUGCCGAUGUGUGUUAGAUUAUGCAUGUCAACUUUAACGAGGUUGCAGUGGAAACAAACCCAGACCAGUCAUCUGUAGCAGCAAACGUUUUUAGAACUCUGCACUUCCCUCUGCUGUGGUCUGUCUAGGCCUGUCUCUUCAGAUGCUGUUUGGUUUUGAAGCCCGUCACCACCGACUUUUCCUGUUCUACACCCUGCUGUCCUCCAGACAUACCAUCAGCUUGGAAGGUGGCGAACAGCCGCAUCUUAGCAGUCACAGGAAACAGGUCAUCUGCCAGUUGCCGUGAUCUGGUUUUACACCACAUGGCGCAACGCAAUAGAUUUAUUUUGAGCAAUAAGCUUUGCAGAGCUGAGCCUUUACAUUCCUGUUUUUUUUGUAAUGUUUCCAAGUAUUGAAAAGAAUAAGUAAAUGUCCAAUUCUUGCAGCCAUCCAUAUUUGAAGAGGAAAUAUAUAUAUCUAAAUAUAUCUUUGGGAAAGCUUUGUGUCUGAGCACUGAAGCCGUCCUUAACGUUAGAUUGCACUGACCGUUUUCAAUGCCGCGUUCUGAUUUAUACCUCACAUUGUCUGAACUUGCUUCAGUACUUGGAUCCUAUUUGAAUAAAUGUCACUAGAAAGCA